AUGGAUGAGCUUCUAUCAUCUUUAAUUAAGUUUCGGGUAAAUGAAGAGUUAAAAAACAGUAUUAAUAUUAGUGAUAGAUUAUUAUAUAUAGUUUGGAAUAAUAUAUUUUUAAGAAAUAAAAUUCAUAAACAUAUUUUAUUGUUUAUUGAACAUAGUGUUGUAGAUCUUGGUAUACCCUAUUAUUAUUUGUUUAAAUAUAAAUCAUAUAUAACAACACUUAAGUGGUUUGGUGAUCCACUACCUGAUAAAAAUGAUUUUCCACCAUUUUUGACACAUUUAUAUUUGUACCGUUUUAAUAUGUUACCAACAACUUUACCAAAUACAAUUACAACACUCACAUUCGGUAAUAAUUUUAACCAGAUAAUUACACCCAACACAUUACCAAAUAGUCUCACAACACUCACAUUCGGUCGUUAUUAUAACCAAGUAGUUAUACCCGACUCAUUACCAAAUAGUCUCACAACACUCACAUUCGGUGAUUGUUUUAACAGAGUAAUUGAAUUCAAAUCAUUACCAAAUACAAUUACAACACUCACAUUCGGUCAUGAAUUUGACCAGAUAAUUACACCCGACACAUUACCAAAUAGUCUCACAACUCUCACAUUCGGUCGUUAUUAUAACCAAGCAGUUAUACCCGGCUCAUUACCAAACAGUCUCACAACACUCACAUUCGGUGAUUGUUUUAACAGAGUAAUUGCUUUUAGAUCAUUACCAAAUAUUCUCACAACACUCACAUUCGGUCAUGAAUUUGACCAAAAACUUCUGCCUGGUUCAUUACCAAAUAGUCUUACAAUACUCACAUUCGGUUAUAGUUUUAACCAAGAAGUUCCACCUGGAACAUUACCAAAUAAUCUCACAACACUCACAUUUGGUAAUAAUUUUAACCAAGCAAUUCUACCCGACUCAUUACCAAAUGGUCUCACAACACUCACAUUUGGUGAUUGUUUUAAUCAAGUAGUUCUACCCAACACAUUUCCAAAUAGUCUCACAACACUCACAUUCGGUUAUAGUUUUAACCAAGCAGUUCUACCCUACACAUUACCAAAUAAUCUCACAACACUCACAUUUGGUAAUGGUUUUAAACAAGCAGUUCUACCCUACACAUUACCAAAUAGUCUCACAACACUCACAUUCGGUCGUGAUUACGACCAAGUAGUUCUACCUGACUUACAAUAG